AUAAAGAGUGGCCUGAUACUGGAGUGAGAGCUAUUUCACUUGACCCUGCUGACUUCUAGGAUGAAUACCCUCCACGCUCUGCUUCUCUUGGCUGUGGGCCUCUCCUUUGCCCACUCGUUGGACUCCAAGGCUCUGCACCAGUUCAGAAGCAUGAUUUUGUGCGUGAUGCCUGACAGCUGGCCUGCUCUUGACUACGCCGACUAUGGCUGCUACUGCGGAAAGGGAGGCUCUGGCACACCUGUGGACGAUCUGGAUAGGUGCUGCCAAGUGCAUGACCUUUGCUACAGUGACGCCAUGCAGCACCCCGACUGCUGGCCUGUCUUUGACAAUCCUUAUACUGAGCUUUAUGACUACAGCUGUGACAAGGAUAACAAGAAGGUCACCUGCGGCAACAAGAACAAUGAGUGCGAGAUGUUCAUCUGUGAGUGUGACAGGAAGGCUGCGGAGUGUUUUGCCGUAUCCCCUUGGAUCCCCGAGCACGAGCACCUACCAAGUGACCGCUGUCAUUGAAGGACUGAGAGAAAGCAAAGCACUUUUAAAAAAAUGUAUUGAUAAUCUAUUUUCUAAUAAGCUUUUUUUCACAUAUGCACAUUAUAUAUUAACACUUGCAUCUUGAUGGGACCCCAUUGCCUAAAACCCUCCACCAUUAAUCAUGUGCUGAAAUACUCUUGUUAGAUUUGUAAUAAACACAUGUUGGUUGGCCUCGAUCACUAUAUAUCACAAGCUGAUUCAACCACAGAGGGCAUUAGUCUUCUUAUUUCUUUCCUAGUAUCAAGGGUGAAAACAACAGCACAGACAUUUAUGCGUUGUCAAUUGUCAUGCUAUGCUAUGCGAUAAAGGCCCAAUAUGCUGUAUGUAAUUUUUGCACUUUACAAAUAAAGUAUCAGCUCUUUAAUAAAGAAGAAAAGACCUGCACAUUUUG